UUGGUCUUCCCCUGCUCUCCACUUAACUGUCUGAAAGAGCAAGUUCCAAGAAAGGUUUCAACUCUAUUCUGCAACCUCCGAAAGUAAAGUCCAUCGUUCUUGAUCUUUCCCUUCUUCCGAUUCGCCGUCUGAAUCUGAUCACGCAUCGAUAUCAUGGAAAUGGGGUCGUGAGUUUCCUUUCCAAUUCGCCUCUGUUCGACCUUUUCACCGUGUUUGUUCGAAGAAGAGGAAAGAAUGAGCGCUCUUUUCGAACUGCUUCGUCGCAUCCUCGGUUUUAAGGAAGAAGAUGGUGAUCACCAUCGUCAUGGGAAUGAACCAGAAGGAACGAACCAUUCGCAAUCCUUAGACCCGAUCAGGCCAACAAGUGAGCAAAAUUUGGGCAGGACUGCUGGUGGCUUAACUCAGUCUUCUCAUGUCACAUAUCCUUUCAAAGCAGUCCCUUCGGGUUCUCCGAAACCAUCCCCUUCUGUAUCAAAGCCGUCAACCGCCACUUCUGGUGAUCCAUUUGUUUCGGGGACCAAACCGCCAUCAAUUUCUGCUCACACGAAUCAGAUUAUAGCAAAACUGCCUCGGCCUUCCCAUGAGCCGUCUUCAUCUCGUGUGCAGUCUCCUUAUUCAUCGAAAGCAACCUCGCAUACCCCAGAAGCGCAAGAGCGUUCUGCUAGACAAUAUAAGCUAGUCUUACGUGCAGUUUCCCCAGUUUCGCCGAAUCAGCAAAAGGAGACUGUUUAUGUUCAGAAAGAUACUUCCCCUGUUUACAACAUCCCCAAAGAUAUUGAAGAUUUGAUGAAGCGAGGCAUUGUGCCAGGGGUUCUCCAGAAACCACUAUCUCCAUCUACAUAUAGGGAUUAUUUUGCAGCUCUUCUAUAUGCGGAGGACUUCUACAUUGAGAAAUGGACUGAUUUCAUUCUGAAGGAUGUCACUUUGGAGCUGCAUCAAUUGACUAUUGACAAGAACAUAGGGGACCAUGAUUUCUCCAGGGAGAAAGUUUGUGUAACUUUUGUCAAAUUCAAGAUGGAUUCUAUACCUGAGCGUCGACCCUUCCUUCUAUCCAGGGAUUUUGUUUUUGCAAAGCCCCUGGACAAGCGAGAGACACAAUUUCAGGGUUUUGUAUAUCGAGUGGAGAAGAGUUCCAUCGUCUUAGCAGAGUUUGGAGAUGAUUUUCACUCCCAGCAUCAUUCAAGCAGCAGAUACAACAUCAGCUUUUCUUUCAAUAGAGUUUGCUUGAAGAGAGCUCAUCAAGCAGUCGAAGCUGCCACCGAUCCUUCAUUCCGCAACUUCCUUUUCCCAGCGUGUCCAUCAGGACGUGAUUUGUUUGCCUUGCCAUCUCUCUUUUUUUCAAAUGAUGGGCUUAACUCGGAGCAAAGAUCUGCAAUCCAUCAGAUUCUAACUCUCAAAGGUUCAGCACCGUUUCUCAUGGAGGGUCCUCUCUGUACAAACGGUCUACACCUGUCAAGGACCGGCGUAGUGGUUAGCGAAGCUGUGUCGCAAUUAUACCAACGCUCUAAAGAUCCUCGGAUUCUUGUGGCUGCACCUAUAAACAAAACGUGCGAUGUUCUGUUGAGAAACUUGAAGAAGGAAAUCCCAGAUUCUGAAAUAUUUCGAGCCAAUGCUGCAUUCCGUGAGAUACAUGUCGUGCCUGGUGACAUUCUCACUUCGUGUCUUUAUAAAGAGGAAAGCGAGUGUUUCACAUGCCCUCAACUCGAGGAACUCCAACGAUUCAAGGUAAUAUUCUCGACUUUUGUGAGUAGCUUCAGGCUACAAAAUGAAGGCAUCAAGGCAGGACACUUUAGUCAUAUUUUCCUCGUCGAUGCAUCGUCCACUUCCGAGCCAGAGGCAAUGAUUGUGCUAGCUAAUUUGGCCAACAAGGAUACUACUGUCAUAGUCACCGGUGCGCAAGGAAAUCGCUCAGGGUGGGUGCGAUCCCCAAUUGCUCGGGGGAAUGGUCUCCGGAUAUCAUACUUUGAGAGGCUCAAAGAAUUUACACCGUACAAGAACCUCGACCCUGCAUUCAUCGCCCGACUGACCGCAUAGCCACAAUCAGAUGAACUUAGCGUGGCCUCCUAUUGAGUGUCAGUUGCUUUACAGGCAAGUGCUACCGACUUCAGAAUGCCACUGAUGUGCUCUGUGCACUCCCUCUCCGUGUUUGAGUUGCAUGAACAAACCAUCAAAAUCGUGUAUUUAUCUAUAUGUGGAUAACUCGUCCUCACUAGAUUGGGCAAGUCUGUUGCUUGUAGUUAACUUGUCAAGUCCCUCUCACUUAUAUUUCGCAGCUUCUCCGAUCGUAAGUUUGAGUUUCAUGUAAAGUAACCAGUCAAGAUAAUGGGAGCAUAUCUAUACGAUAUCCUGUUCUGUUUAGGUGUU